AUGGACUUCAUCGAAUUAGAGGCGAUCGAGGGCCUACGUUGGUCAUGGAACGCAUGGCCAACAACGAAAAACCAAGUUUCUUCUCUUAUAAUCCCACUUAGCAUCAUGUGCACUCCACUGAUGCAAUCAACUGAGCUUCCAAUUCUACCUUACGACCCUCUAAUCUGCACUCGCUGUGCUGCUGUUUUGAACCCUUAUGCUCGUGUAGAUUAUCAGUCUCGCAUUUGGGUCUGUCCUUUCUGCUACAACAGAAAUCAUUUCCCUAUUUCUUAUUCAGGUAUCGGCGAAACCAAUCUUCCUGCUGAACUUUUUCCUACUUACAGUACUGUAGAAUACAAAAUUGAUAAGGUUGAUCCUAAAUUUGGGUCUAAUUCGCAUUUGGGUUAUAGUUGGUCUAAUGGGUUUUCGUCGUCUAAUGUGUCAUUGUCGUCUAUGAUGUCUGCGGGGACUCCUAGGAGCAUUGGUGGUGGUGCUGCUGCUGGUGGGGAGGUCAGGGGAUUGAUGGGGCCUGUCCCGGCGUUUGUGUUUGUAGUGGACGCUUGUAUAGUUGAGGAGGAGUUGACGGCAGUGAAGAAUGAAUUGUUGUUGGUCGUUGAGCAGUUGCCGGAAAAUGCCUUGGUUGGGUUGAUUACUUUUGAUGCAAUGGUUAGGGUUUAUGAUUUGGGAUUUUCAGAGUGCUCAAGGGUUGUUGUGUUUCACGGUGGACGUGAGGUUUCGUCAGAGCAGACCCAACAAUUUCUGGGCAUAUACAGAACCAAGCGGCAGCAGCAGCAACUUGGGAAGACACCAGUUAUCCAGAAGCAGGGAUUUUUGCUCCCUGUAGCUGAAUGUGAGUUCAAUAUAACCACUGCAAUUGAAGAAAUCUGUUCUUUAGCUGUAGUCAUGCCAGGCCAUCGCCCUCAAAGGAGCACAGGAGCAGCAAUAUCAGUUGCACUUGGACUUCUUGAAGGAUGCUCAGUGAAUACUGGCUCCCGGAUCAUGAUUUUCACAUCUGGACCUGCAACUUUGGGCCCAGGGAUUAUUGUGGACUCAGAUCUUAGUAAUGCCAUCAGAAAUCAUAGAGACCUCAUUAAUGGUCAUACACCGUACUAUACAAAAUCCUGCAGCUUCUACAAUCGGCUAUCACAGAGAUUAUCUGAUGCAUCUGUUGUUCUGGAUCUUUUUGCUUGUUCUCUUGAUCAAGUAGGUGCAGCAGAAUUAAAAGGUCCUGUUGAGAGCUCUGGCGGGUUCAUGAUGUUAGGGGAGUUGUUUGAGUCUGAUCGAUUCAGAAAGUGCUUGCGGCACAUUUUUAGUCGAGAUGAAGAGGGGCAUUUGAAAAUGUAUUUUGAUGCGACAAUUGAAGUGGUGACUACUAAAGAUGUAAAAAUCUGUGGAGCGCUUGGACCAUGCAUUUCUCUUCGGAAAAAGAACAACGUAGUUAGUGACCGUGAGACUGGGGAGGGUGGCACUUACAUGUGGAAGCUUGGUACACUAACUAGUAAAACAUGCAUAGCUUUCUUCUUCGAAGUAUGUAAUGAACAGAAGGCCGAACCUGGGUCUGCAUUUUUUGUACAAUUUAUAACACGCUACAGACAUGGGAACAUGGGAGUCCGGAAAAGGGUUACAACUGCUGCAAGAAGAUGGGUUGAAAACAAGUCACCAGAAAUCACUGCUGGUUUUGAUCAGGAAGCAGCAGCUUCAGUCAUGGCCAGGCUAGCCAUCCACCGAGCAGAGAGAUGUUUUGCUCGAGAUGUUAUAAGAUGGCUCGAUGAUAACCUCAUUGGCUUUGCUUCCAAGUUUGGAGACUUUAUCCAGGAAGAUCCUUCUUCCUUCCGCUUGUCGUCAAACUUUUCUCUUUAUCCACAGUUCAUGUAUUACUUGAGGAGGUCCCAGUUCAUCGAUGUUUUCAACUGUACACCUGAUGAAACUGCAUUCUUCCGCCUUAUGCUGAACCGUGAAGGGGUAGUGGGUUCCCUUAUCAUGAUACAACCCACUCUUUUUCAAUAUUCUUUUGAUGGGCCUCCUGUUCCUGUCCUCCUAGAUGUUCGUUCCAUUUCUGAUGAUGUUAUUUUGCUUUUUGAUUCGUACUUCCAUGUGGUGAUUCAUUAUGGAUCCAAGAUUGCUCAGUGGAUGAAGCUUGGUUAUCACAAACAUCCAAGCCAUGAGAAUCUGAGAAAGCUUUUGGAAGCUCCUGAACUUGAUGCAGAACAAUUGGUGGUGGAACGAGUUCCAGCUCCCAAGCUAAUUAAGUGCGAUCAACACGGUAGUCAGGCUAGGUUUCUUCUUGCCAAGUUGAAUCCAUCUGUGACUCAGAAUUCAACAUACAUAGAUGGGUCAGAAAUCAUACAUACUGAUGAUUUGAGCUUGCAAGAUUUCAUAGAUCAUUUGCAGGCCCUGGCAGUGAGGGGUUAA